AUGGCGAGUUUGGCACUCAAGGCGAUUUCAUACGGCGCAGAGCACAUCCCAGACAGGCUCUUCGAGGCGAUUCCGGGCGGCUACUUCAGGUCGCAACAUGACAAGGAAGCCAGGAAGCGCCGCAAGGAAGACAAGAAGCGCGGGAAGUACCGUACCCAGAGCGAAGGCCGCGGACGCAAGAGACGCUCGCCUUCGCUGACCGACUCGGACUACUACUCGGAGGACUACUUCACUGAGGACUCCGACUACGACCGCCGCCGUCGAGCUCGCCGCAGCAGCGACGCUGACCGGGGCCGCGAGCGUGGCCGCGAGCGUGACCGGGAUCGCAAGCAUCGCCACCAUCACCACAAGGAUCGCUCUUGGUCCAGAGGUCACGACUCGCCACCUUAUGCAGACCGGUCCAAGUCACUAGGAGCUCCACACAGCUUGCAUCUUCCCCCGCCUCCGGUGCAGCCCAACGCUGCUGCUGCUUUCCCACCUGCUCACGUAGCUGGCGAGAACUACGCUCACCCGCAGCCGUACAACGCCGCUCACAACCAUUAUGUCGCGAAGCCCUAUAACCCGGCGGACUAUGCUCCGGGUGCAAUGCAGAAUCCGGAGUACGCCAACGGGCAGCCUAAACAGGUGACUCCUCAGACGCUCACUCAGGCUCCCGUACAGCCGCCAGCUGCGAAUCAACCACCGGUCGCUGGCUACUACGGCACCCAGUUCCCGCCACCUCCGUCGGGAUCGCGUUCCUCGCGUGCUUCUUCAGUCGACUCGCGUGGCCUCCAAUCUGGACCCUACAUCCCCCAUAGCAACAUCCAGGCAAUCCCGAUUCCCAAUGCUACUGCCGGAUCUCACAGUCAUUCUCCGUAUGGGGCCAAGUUCCCGUCUGCGACAAACACUCCUCCAUUUGGCCAUACCCCUCCACAGUAUCUGCCUCAAAACAGCUCUCCAUACCAGCCCAACUACAGCCCAAGCUACCCUGUGCAACAACCUCUUGCCCAUGGGUCCCAGCCAGUUUCUCGCCACGGCAGCAUCCACGGUGCAUCUGCAUAUGGUGGUCAGGUUGGAGAUGGCCUUCGCUCUCAUGACCGCCAUCGCCGUCACAGCAUUGCCACGAACACGGAUCGCGGCAUGGCAUACCGCACUCCCUAUCGUAGCAGGGCUGGAUCGUCUACAACCAGCGCUAGCAACAGUGUUCGCGGCAGCGUCGCCGAGGCCAUUCACGAGGUCUCAAACCAGGCCGAUGGCAUCGACGAACACGGCCAGGCUAUCGCCAUCGCAGUCCCUGAAGGAGAUAUCAAUACAGUCGUCAGUGCUGUUUCGGAAGGGGUUAACCUUGCCGAAGCUUCGAGGAGGCGUCAUCGGGCAAGGCUGAGCCGCAGGUCUCACGGCGGCCGUAGGGCCGUUAGGAGCGCUCCUGUGGAUGGCUACGGCAGUGCCUAA